GACACAUUCUUGAUUAGAGAAGACUUAAUUUUUGAGGUGAGAAGCUUAGGGAAAAGUUUUGUUAAUUUUGCGUUGGAAUUUGGGAGUUUUGUUAGAUAGUGGUACAUUGGAGGUUGAGAUUAGGUGUAAGGAAUAAGAAGAUAGAUAUGGAUGGUUCGGGGAGGAAAUCUGGUUCCAAGAGAGGAUCUAAGGUUUUUCAGUUUGACGAUGAUGCUGAUGAUGAUGAGCCUAUCGGAUCUCUUUUAGAGAUUAUGAAGCAUAAAAGUUCCAAGAAGGAUAAGGUUGAGACAGAAAGUACUGGUAAACAGAGACAGAAACAGGUUGUGGAAAAGAAGCUGAGUGCUUUGGACAAGGAUUCUGAAGAUAUGGAUGACACCUUAGCCAGUUUUAGGAAGAGAUUGAAGGGCAACAAGAAAGGUGUUGGAUCAGGAACUCCUAGAAUUAGGAACCACGAGGGUGUUCCUCCUAUUGAUACUGUAGCAAAUUCUAAUUUGAAACCAAUUGAGGAAGGCAACACAAACAAGGUGCAGAGUGUAUUACUUAGGGAAGGUUUGAAUAGCUUAUAUGUCAAGAAGAUGGUUGAUUCAACAGUAGAUUCUGGCACGAAUAAUAAAAGAGUGGAUUGCAUAUCGGAAAAUGGUGCUUCUAAUUCUAUUCAAAAGUGUGCUUCAGAAACUGGAACCCUCCUGCAUAAGUUUUAUGGUAAAGAUGAGGCAGCCUCUCCUGGUCAUAAAAAAGUAGAAACAGUCUCCAGGGAGAAGGAAGCAGAUGUCUUUCAUCAAAUUACAGAGGAGGAAUCCAAGCGACCAAUGUCGGAGAAGGCCCUGGAGCUAUCCAGGGUGUCUGUUCCCAUGCCAGAUGUCCAUGGUGAAGUUUAUUGUCCUACUGAUAGAAAAGAAGUUGCAGUUAUUGCUCCUGAUCAGCACAUACACUUGGGAGAGCCAGCUUCAGAGUCCGGUUAUUACCGAGAGAAGAAUUUAGUUAUGUGUGAUUGUGGUAUCCAAGUUAAUUUUGAGGAUCAUUCCUUUGAGUCUAAUACCCAUGUUACUCUCUGUCAUAAGUGCAAGUAUUCUUCACACCAUAAUGCUUCUAAUGGAGGUGGUAUUCAAGUUAAUACUCUAGAAGAUGGAACUGCUCAAGCUUCCCCAGUUUCUAUAAUUCCCUGCGAAGAUGAAAAUUUCCGAGGGGAUGCAAUUUCAUUACCUAAUUCUGGGAAGCCAUCCACCUUGCAACGCCCAGAGCGUAUUGCUAAAAAGCGCAAGCUUGGAAACAUGGUGUAUGAAGGAGACAUGAAAUGGGAGAAUGAGCAGGGCUUUCUUGAUUGUCAAAGUGACAAGUCCUUUAAGGGAAGCGACAAGUGUGAUUUUGUUCCAUCUAUUUCCAAGGACAUUGAAAUUGGUAGAGCAGCUGCGGUGACAGCUGGACUUAAAGCCCAGUCGGUAAGUCCAAUUGAGAAGAUUAUACUUAAAGAGGUGUUGAAGCGCAAAGGUAGCCAUCAGGAGUACCUAAUUUGCAGGAAUUCUAUCUUAGGCCUGUGGAGUAAAAAUGUCAGCCGAAUCUUACCUGUCACUGAGUGUGGUGUUACCGGUGGCCCUUCUGAGAAUGAAUUGCCUUCAGCUUCCCUUAUCAGAGAAGUCUAUAAGUUUCUUGAUCAGAGAGGUUAUAUAAAUGCUGGAAUUUCAUCUGUGAAGGGGAAGGCGGGAUCUUUGACUAAUCAAGACUAUGAUCUCCUCCAGGGGAGAAAGCUUGAAGAAAGUUCUAUGGCUUCUGUUGCAGAUUCUGAAGAGGGAGUUGCUUUUAUCCUUGGUCAGGUCAAAGCCGUUGAAUCAACUAGUGAGGGUAAGAAAUGUUCUUUCCAAAAUGAUGAAAGGGACUUGGUAGGAUGUGCGACCUCGGAAAUGUUAGAAUCUACCAGCAAAACAUGUGAAGCAAGCAUUAUUGAUGAUUGCAAACAUUCUGUGAGCAUAAAUGCUUUACAGGAUGGUACUGCAUCUAAUGUUGAAAAGCAUCCUGAAACAUUUUCAGUAGCUAAGCCUGCUUUGUCUAGCACACUCUCCUCUGCAAAUAGUAAUCAAAUGAAAGGAAGGGACUCUGUUCCAUGUGAGGUUAAAGAUGAGAAGAAAGUUAUAGUUAUUGGAGCUGGUCCUGCUGGAUUAACUGCAGCACGUCAUUUACAGCGCCAGGGUUUUUCUGUAACCGUUCUUGAGGCAAGGAGUAGAGUAGGUGGUCGUGUAUUUACAGACCGGUCGUCUCUUUCAGUUCCUGUGGAUCUUGGGGCUAGCAUAAUUACUGGCAUUGAGGCUGAUGUGCCAUCUGAAAGAAUGCCAGAUCCUUCGGUAUUGGUCUGUAACCAAUUAGGUCUGGAGUUGAGCGUGUUGCAUGGAUUCUGUCCUCUUUAUGAUACUGUAACAGGGAAAAAGGUUCCUGCAGAAUUAGAUGAUGCUCUACAAGCAGAGUUCAACAGUCUAAUUGACGAUGUGGAUUUGCUUGUUGAGGAAAUAGGCAAAGAAAGAGCAAAUAAAAUGUCUCUUGAGGAUGGACUAGAAUAUGGCCUUCAACGGCUGAGAAUGCCACAUGACAAGGUGAACAUUGACAAAAUUGGGCUUGCCAAUUCAAGCUCAAAAACAGGCAUCAGUGGUCCCUUUACGCAAGAUGAAAGCUGGAAAGAUGAUUUUUUGAAUCCUUUGGAGCGAAGAGUUAUGAAUUGGCAUUUUGCUCACACAGAAUAUGGUUGUGCUGCUGUCCUUAAGGAAGUUUCGCUUCCUCACUGGAAUCAAGAUGAGUUUUAUGGCGGAUUUGGAGGGCCACAUGCUAUGAUUAAAGGUGGUUAUAGCCGAGUUGUUGAGUCGCUUGCAGAAGGACUUGACAUUCACUUAAACAAAAUAGUUUCUGAGGUAUCUUAUGCCUCUGAUGUAUCUGCCACGCAUAACAGCAAGCAUAAAGUCAGAGUUAGUACAUCAAAUGGCUGUGAGUAUCUUGGAGAUGCUGUUCUGGUAACUGUUCCUCUUGGAUGCUUGAAAGCAGAAACUAUUAAGUUUUCACCACCCUUGCCGGACUGGAAAUAUGCGUCAAUCAAACAACUUGGUUUUGGAGUUCUAAAUAAAGUUGUGUUGGAGUUCCCAGAGGUAUUUUGGGAUGAUAGUGUUGAUUAUUUUGGGGCAACUGCUGAGGAAACAGAUCUAAGAGGUGAGUGCUUUAUGUUUUGGAAUGUCAAAAAAACUGUUGGUGCCCCUGUCCUGAUAGCUUUGGUGGUUGGGAAGGCUGCUUUUGAAUAUACAAACAAGAGUACGUCUGAGCACGUGAACCAUGCAAUGAUGGUUCUUCGGAAGCUUUUUGGUGGGGAUCUGGUUCCUGAUCCUGUUGCCUCGGUAGUUACUGACUGGGGCACUGAUCCUUACAGUUAUGGUGCCUACUCAUAUGUUGCUAUUGGUGCUUCUGGCGAAGAUUAUGACGUAUUGGGAAGGCCUGUUCAGAAUUGUUUGUUUUUUGCUGGUGAGGCAACAUGCAAAGAGCAUCCUGACACUGUUGGUGGUGCAAUGAUGACUGGAGUCCGAGAAGCUGUGCGUAUAAUUGAUAUACUUAGAAGUGGAAAUGAUUACACAGCCGAAAUAGAAACACUAGAAAAAGCGCAGAGGAAAUCUGUACCUGUGAGGGAUGAAGUCAGAGACCUAAUAAAGAGGCUGGAAGUUGUUGAGCUGUCUAAUGUGCUAGCCAGGCAAUCAUUGCUACGGAACAUGUUCUUCUCUGCUAAAACAACUGUCGGGCGUUUGCAUUUAGCCAAGGAGUUGCUUAACCUACCUGGUGAAACCUUGAAAUCCUUUGCAGGUACAAAAGAAGGGCUUGCAGUGCUGAACUCUUGGAUCCUGGAUUCGAUGGGGAAGAAUGGAACCCAGCUUUUACGUCACUGUGUACAUAUUCUUGUUCGAGUUACGAGUGAUCUCUUUGCCGUGAGGCUGUCAGGCAUUGGGAAGACUGUGAAAGAAAAGGUUUGUGCACACACAAGCCGUGAUAUCCGUGCCAUUGCAAGUCAGCUUGUUAAUGUGUGGCUGGAACUAUACCGGAAAGAAAAAGCAAAUAGUGGAAAGAAAUCAUUGAGACAAGCGAAUACAACAAACACCUCUAGAAUAAGAAGAAAACUGAAUAGUCCGGACACAGACAGUAAGGGAAAGCUAAGCAAUGGCAACGAUGUUAAAACAGAUGAAGAGCUUGAAGACAACCAGCUACCUAUGUCAGAGGAAGAGAAGGCUGUGUUUGCUGAAGCUGAGGCGGCUCGUGCAGCAGCAGAAGCAGCUGCGAAGGCAUUUUCUGAGGCCUAUCAUAAUACUUCAUUGCAGCUUCCUAAGAUUCCCUCGUUUCAUAAGUUUGCCAGGCGAGAGCAGUAUGCAAAGAUGGACGAAUCUGAUUUCAAGAAAAAGUUUCCUGGCAAUGUCUUAGGAAGACAAGAUUGUAUGUCAGAGAUUGACUCGAGGAACUGCAAAGUUCGGGACUGGUAUGAUUUUCCUGCCUCCUGCCUUGACCUUGACAAUUCAAGAAUUCCAGUUGAUAACUAUUCACAGCGUAGCCAUUCGAAUGAGCUUGUAUCUCAUUCGAAGUUCAGAGAAUGUUCUGGAGAAAGUGUGGCUGCGGAUACCAGUUUCUUAACUGGGGCAUGGGUUGAUACUGGUGGUAGUAGCGAUGGUUUCAAGGAUUCUCAGGCUAUAGAUAGAUGGCAAUCUCAAGCUGCCGCUGCUGAUCCCGAAUUUUUCAAUCGUACUUUGCAUAUUAAGGAUGAAGAAGAUUCGAUUGCUUGUUCGACAGACCCUCCUAGUUGGAAGCAUGACCAAAGAGCGAAUGAAUGUUCUGUGUCACAGGUUACAGUGAAUAAAGAGCCACAUAAAAAUCAUAACCGAAGUGCAGAUCGUUUGAAACAGGGGGUUGUAGAUUUUGUUGCAUCGUUGCUUAUGGCCCCGUAUAGAGCAAAAAAAAUUGACAGAGAUGUAUACAAGUCAAUUAUGAAGAAGACAGCAACAAAGGUUAUGCAACAUACAACAGAUGUGGAGAAAGCUAUGGCUGUUACACAGUUCCUCGACUCAAAGCGGAAAAACAAGAUUCGGGACUUUGUGGACAAACAAGUUGACAAGUACAUGGCGAUAGCUCAAGUUCCAAAACCUUGAUGGUCAUUGGGAUCUGUACUAACGGCCAAUGGUUGUUGAGUUGGUAUCCGCUGGGAUGGCAAUGCCCCUUUGUAGAAACCACAUAUCAAGCUUAUGAAGCAGACGGUCUGAUGUAGAAGAGACUUUUCCCAUGAUUUUAUAUACCAAAGCAUUGGCAGAGACGAGUUUUUGGCAUUACCAGAUAUGAUGGAGAAUUUGGUCUUGCUAUAUUGCUAGGUUAUUUGCUUUGUAUGUGUUUCUUCUGCAUUCUUUUAAUGAUGGCUUUGUUAGCAAUGUGGCUGAAAGUUUGAUGCUGGCUUUUACAGGUGAGGAAACUUAGCCUUGGCUGAAUUCACUUUCACCCAUGUUGGUGAGGAGCUGGAAUCUUUUUAAUCGAAGCUGUUUAGAUAGAUACCUUGGUUCAAGAAUCACUCUGCUUGUUGAUGGGAGGUACAUAUAUGCUUUGAAUAUUUAAAAAAAUUGUCAAUUGGAU